AUGUUAAGUGUGCAGAUAGAUUGACAAGAAGUUGUUGCUGAAAGAAACAAGCAGAUGCUGAAAACGGCGCAGUGUUUCUAUGACAACACUUGAAGUCUCUUAGAGGAUAACGAGAGUGACAGGCCUGUUGAUGUUACCCCGACGACUGAUCCUAUUUCUGGCUGGGGGGGUUUUGGUUCUACUGAGUUUCACCUCCGUCAGUGCCCAGACAUGUAACCCCACAUGUGGUAAAGAAAAAUACUGCUUCUCCACCCCAGCAGACACUUCCACUGGUACCCCAGGUAUCACUGAAUGUCGCGGUUGUCAUCCAGCAUGCACAGAUUGUGAUGGCCCAGGUAUCACCCAGUGUAGUCGCUGUCAGCCAGGAUUCUUACUGACUGGAACUGCUUGUCAAGAGUGUCUGGAGGGAAGUUUCGGUGUCAACUGUACCGGAGAAUGUCACUGCCUACCUGACACUGGGGGCUGUUCCAAUGUAGACGGAGCCUGUAGAUUCUUCGAGUGUGAGUGGGGAUACAAGGACCCGCCCUUAUGUCAAACAGAAUGUGUGAACCAGUACGGGAAAAACUGUAAAUUCGACUGCCAUUGUCCGGUCAACGACACCUGUAAUGUCCAGAAUGGUCAAUGUGCCAGUGCUCGGUGUGCGGAGGGGUUCGCUGGCCCAGGCUGUCAAGUAGAGUUACCUCGGUUAAGGAUACCACCAACCAUUACUGGGAACGAAUGUGGUAACGUCACCGUCACCUGGCAGGCGUGGGAUGAGAGUGUGGACAAUGGUCAAGGUCCAAUCUACAACUACCAAUUAUUGUACCGGAGUGAUAAUGUGUCAGACACUGCGUGGUACAGCCUCCUGAACACACCUAAUGGCGACACGACCACUGUCACCUACACUCACAGCUUCACAGGACUUAACCCUGAUUCUAAAUACAAGUUUCGUGUGGACGUUAUCGGGAAAGACGGAACAAAACCCUCUAGCGAAAAAAUCGUGGGGUUUGAAACAGAUUUCUAUACAAUGAAAUGUAUUGAUAAUGUGACAUCUGACAUCGUAAUCACAACUACAACAGUUAAACCACUAGUUACUACAAUACAACCUCUGCUAGAGGCAAUUUUUACCGAUUUUGAUGUCUCUGUAAAUGUUACCGAUAUAUCCUUAUAUGUAAACUGGACAUUGAUGGCCAACCACAGUGUGUCCCUUACCAACCUCACUAUGCUGUAUCGUGUGUCCAGGGUCCGGAACUGUGGUCCGGACAAUCUUGACUCGACCUUCUAUGCAGUGUCUUUAUUGAACAAUUCAGACAUGAUCGUGCCUGGCCUGUUGCCAUGGAGAAAAUAUGAAUACAAAGUUUAUGUUUCAAUUUCUCGUGGCAAUUUGACUGAAUCAAGAACAGAACAGGAACAAGAGUUCCUCACACCUGCCAAAGUGCCGACCGGCGUGGUCCUAGGUUUACGUGUGACUUCAGUCUCCGCUAGUGCAGGCUCUUUAGCCUGGAAUGAGCCAGAAUGCGAAAAUAGGAACGGCAUGUUUAUGAAUUAUGAGAUCUCGGUGAGGAAUUUAAACAAUUCUGUGGCUGCUGUAUUGAACUAUACUAGGAACUUAGAGAAUUUUGACCUCUCAAAUUUGACCUCGUUCACUGUAUACAAUGUUAGUGUCAGUUUCGUGAAUGAAAAGGGUGCAGGACCUCCUGACUCGGUAUUUCUGACCACACUCGAAGCUGCUCCGUCAGCACCAGAAAUCACAAGUAUGACCCCUGCAGUUUCCUACAUUAUCUUGACCUAUGACCCCCCGGUGACCUCAAAUGGGGUUAUCAGGGAGUAUGUGGUGUUCUACAGCAAACAAGCCACCUUUGUGGAUGAGACAAGAAAGUCUGCUAAGCAGGCCACAAAUAUUACCAUCACAGGAUUGGAACCUGCCACACUAUACUACUUCAAGGUACAGGCGCGUACAGGGGAGAGUCGCUGGGGGGACAACAGUCAGGUGGGCAAUACAACCACACUCCCCGACAAACCCUCUGACCUAGCUCAUCUCGCCAUCAACGAUAAGAACGUGUCGUGUUUGGAAGUCAUUUGGAAACCGCCCACCACUCCCAAUGGGGAGAUAAUUCAGUAUAAGGUUAAAUACCAGGACAUGAAGAAUACUACAUGGUCUCCUGAGAUCAUUUUAGAUGUUCCAGUGACCUCCUACGUCUUGUGUGGCCUUAACCCUGGUAGACGGUACAUGAUACAGGUCAGUGCAGCCACUGCAGCAGGAUUCGGUGACCCUUCGAUAGUCUUCGGGACCACAGUGAUAGGUCAGCCUCCGAAGCCUACGGCUCCAUUCUUUGUCAAUACCACUGACACCCAGAUUACAAUAAUACUCAAUCAAGUAGUCAUCAACACCGGACCUCUCAAAGAGUAUCGAUUAUACGCCCAAGACCUGACGGCAAAAAUGUCUGCCCCAGGAUAUUUGAUAGCCAGCUUUCCAGCCGCUGACAUCACGUCGCCAAGAUUGUUUGUUAUCGGUGAUGGGGUACCAGCGACUAACAAACCUUUGACAAAAGAUCAUGAAUAUGUGAUAUCACUGGAGAUAGUCAGCUUCCUGGAUGAAGUUACAAGGAACAACAUCAACAGUAUGGAACCAGUCCGGACAAAGGCCAGCCAACCUGUGACAGGCGCAGUCGCCGCGACAGAUACGACAAACAGUACGCCAAUCAUUGUGGCAGUGGUUGUCAUAGUCCUUCUACUGUUGAUAGCGGUGCUUGUCGUCGGCUUGAUAUUCUGGUAUAAGCGUCGCCAGGGCAGAUAUGUGUACCAGCCACAGAGUAACGAAAAAGAGCCGAACAAUCUGAUUCCAAUGCCUGAACAGGACUACUACGAUCCAACGAAACACUGGAACACCAUACACUCCACUCGGGAGAGUCGCUACAUCACGUCGGGACGGGAACUCCUCCAAGGGGAAACUGAAAUAAUGUCCAAUGGAUCAACAGCAUCCCCCAAUGGUGGUCCUCCAAUCUCAUUCAGUCAGGAGUUUCACGACCUUCCGCAUGGACAGUUGUCCUCGUGGAAUGCAGCCGUUAUGAGAAAAAAUGCAAACAAAAACCGAUUUCCUCAUCUCCUUCCGUAUGACCAUACUAGAGUGGUACUCAAUGCCGAUGAAAACUCAAACGGAGAUUUUAUCAAUGCAAAUUACGUCCAUGGGUACAAGAAAACCGAGGAGUAUAUAGCUGCACAGAGUCCUUUCAAUGAUGAGACUGUGCUCGAUUUCUGGAGGAUGAUAUUUCAGAAAAACAUAAAAAUUGUGGUGAUGAUAACGAACACUGUUGAAGAUAGCAUUGUCAAGUGUACACAAUACUGGCCGGAUACAGUGCAGGGCAGUGUUCAUUACGGAUCGUUCGUUCUCGAGAUCAUAGAAACACGAGAGUUCGCAGACUACAUUAUCAGGACGAUAAAAAUAACAACACGGCACAGCUCAUCUCAUAGGUUCAUACAUCUAUUUGAGUUCUGCACCUGGCCGGAUCACGGUGUACCGAGUGAUUCUAUUCCGUUACUUGAUAUGAGGAACAAGGUUAGGGAUUACCGUGGGAAUGAUCGAAGCCCGCUCCUUGUUCACUGUGGGACGGGAGUGAGCCGGACAGGUACCUAUAUAGCAAUAGACGCUCUACUGGAGCAAUAUGAAGCUGAGGGCAGAAUUAGUGUUUUCUCCUUUCUUAGAAAACUGCGCAAGGACAGAGUAGCGAUGGUGCGGACUCUGAAACAGUAUGUGUUCAUUUACGACGCUAUAUUCGAGGAGAGGGUAGCGGGUGAUACACGGGUAGGGCCGGACUUGAAGUCAAGGUACCACGAACUGACACGCAAAAAUCCAAAAACGAAACAUUCGUACCUGAAAGACCAGUUCAUUUGUUUACAGAGGUACACUAGAAAAGUCGCACCAAAAAAGUGUCACACCGCUCUAUUGCCACUUAAUGUGGUCAAAAAUCGUUUCCCAGAUGUUGUCCCUCCGGACGAUUUUCGACCUGUUUUGGAAGCGACUUCAUUUGGCAGAACAGAUUAUAUAAAUGCUGUGUUUUUGGAUAGUCACAGGAGGAAAAACCACUUUAUUGUCACACAGACUCCACUUCAUACCACAAUAACGGACUUCUGGAAACUCGUGUAUGAUCUGGACAUAAAUACCAUUGUCAUGAUGGAGUCGUACAAACAUGAAGAUGACACGUGUGCCGAAUAUUGGCCAGACCACAAGGCAAAAAAAUUUGAGCCUUACUUCAUUGACAAUACUGAAGACUACCAAACAGAAAAUGUCACAGUACGUCAUUUUAAUGUUAGCAGCAUGCAGCAGCCACGAAGUCAGCCUCAUAAAGUUCGUCAGUUUCAGUUCAAUGCUUGGGAAGAUCCAGACUUCAUUCCAAAGUCCAAGUCAAUGUUGCUGGAUCUAGUUGACAUGGUAACGGAGUGGCAGAAGGAGGAGAACGGGGACCAGGCGCCCAUCCUGGUUCACUGUAAGGACGGUGCCACCCACAGCGGACUGUUUUGUGCCGUGGUAGCCAUCUGCCAGGCCAUGAAUGAUGACGGAGACGUAGAUGUGUUCCACACCAUCAAACACAUGAAGAGACGGAGGGCACAGAUCGUUGAUAUGCUGGACCAGUACCGAUUCUGUUACCGAAUACUGUGGGACUAUAUGAACCUGAGAAUGCAAGGCGGCACCCUAACAAACAUGAUGAGUCACAGCAACAACGACCCACUGUAUAUCCCUGGCAGCCUCAGUCUCGCCUCCUACACCUCACAUCUCGAGUACAUAUGAAUACCAAAGUACAACUGUCAGUGAACUUUUUAUUCAGCUGAACCAGCAGAGCUUCAGUUUUGUUGGAGUGAACCAUUUAUAUAGCUAAAACAGUAGAGCAUCAGGUUUGCUCGAGUGAACAAUCUGCAAUGAAUGUAACUUAAACAGAAGAGUUUCAGUUCAAGUGGAGUGAACCAUCUAUAUAUCUAAAACAGUACAGCUUCAAUUCUGCUAGAGUGAAUCAUCUAUAGCUAAAACAGUUGAGCUUCAGUUCUGCUAGAGUGAACCAUCUAUAUAUCAAACAGUACAGCUUCAGUUCUGCUAGAGUGAACCAUCUAUAGCUAAAACAGUAAAGCUUCAGUUCUGCUAGAGUGAACCAUCUAUAGCUAAAACAGUUGAGCUUCAGUUCUGCUGAAGUGAACCAUUCAUAUAGCUAAAACAGUAGAGCUUUUGUUCUGCUGAGGUGAACCAUCUAUAUAGCUAAAACAGUACAGCUUCAGUUCUGCUGAAGUGAACCAUCCAUAUAGCUAAAACAGUAGAGCUUCAUUUCUGCUGGAGUGAACUAUCUUUAUAGCUAAAACAGUAAAGCUUCAGUUCUGCUAGAGUGAAUCGUCUAUAGCUAAAACAGUAGAGCUUCAGUUCUGCUGGAGUGAACCAUCUUUUUAGCUAAAACAGUACAGCUUCAGUUCUGCUGGACUGAACCAUCUUUAUAGCUAAAACAGUACAACUUAAGUUCUGUUGGAGUGAACCAACUAUAUAGCUUAAACAGUACAGCUUCAGUUCUGCUGAAGUGAACCAUCUAUAGCUAAAUCAGUACAGCUUCAGUUCUGCUGAAGUGAACCAUCUAUAGCUAAAUCAGUACAGCUUCAGUUCUGUUGGAGUGAACCAACUAUAUAGCUAAAACAGUACAGCUUCAGUUCUGCUAGAGUGAACCAUCUAUAGCUAAAAUAGUAGAGCUUCAAUUCUGCUAGAGUGAACCAUCUAUAGCUUAAACAAUACAGCUUCAGGUCUGCUGGAGUGAACCAUCUUUAUAUCUUAAACAGUAGUGCCUGCAGUGAAUUAACUUUACCUCAGUUCAGCUUUAGUUGAUUUAUAAUACUGUUGGCACCACUGAUGAGAGCCUCCAGUAUAGUUUUAGUGAUGACAGCUGUAAUGGUCUAGUGUCAGUUCUACUGAAAUGAGGCUUCAACAUAAUUACAUGAAUAUAUUCUUGCCAAUCAGUUGAAUGAGUCAUAUUUUUUGCAGUGAAAU